UUAUCGGUAGAAUUCACGUAAAUGAAAUUGCAUAAGUAGACGGUUGCACUUGGCUGUACUUGUUUCUCGCGGUGUGCGUACCGUUUGCGGAUGAAACUUGACUUUCAGUGAACAGUCGCGAAGUCGCAGACAAAGAUGGUCUAGAUAUAUAUGUAAUUCGUGGCAAUUCCGUGAGUGAAUUAGCAGCCAUUUUUAAACUGCUCGAUUGCUAUAAUAAAGUACAAAAGGAUAUGGAUAAUGAGCGAACGUACCGCGGGAUGGUAAUAUGUAGACGAACGAGAUAUUAAAUGUAGCGUGAUCGGCCGUAUCGAACUAGACAGAGGACGAUUUUCUAAUUCGUGAAUAGCGUUACGGAUGAAUUCGUUUCGAGUGGACGGUACUCGAGCAAAUACACUUGUUCCCCGUGAAAUUUGAUGGAAAUGGUGAACUGUCAACACCUAUGCAGUAUGAGAAUAUGAAUUCGAUUCAUAUUGGUUCGGAUAGUAAGGAUCGGCUUGUUUGAAGGGUGAUCCGUGGAAAUUGUGACAGGGGCAAAACAAGACAAAGCCAAAAAGGGUCCCGGCUAAGAGCAAUGUCGGUUUUACCAUGCAAGAGAACAACGAAUGCAAAGAUCGUGGCUCUCGAAUGCUAAGUUCCUAUAAUAAUGGCAGAUAAUGUACACAGAAAAUCGCAUAAGCUGUCGGAUGGUAGUAGUAGAAAAACGUCUAAUCCAGUGCAUCGUACGACCACCGAGACAAUUCGGUUAGGUGAACCAGAAAAGCUAUACCAGCCGGUUAGUUUGACCACAUCGAGCAACGUGACGGCCAGUAACCAGUGUCGAAAAAAGACAUCGUCGUUUCAAAUCACCAGUAUCAUUGUCGGUAGUCGUAUGAGCAAUGACGCUGGCGAGGAUUCGAACGACGACCUGGACGAGUCCCACACGGAGGACAAUUCCGUCGAGCAUUCGCGCAUUACUGACAUCGAUAUCGAAACGCCUAGUUACUCGGAGGAUACCUUCUCCAAGGAGGAUGUAUUUUUUAAUACCAGCAAUGCUGCUCUCAGCACGGCUCCGGUGAUUCCUACCAGUUCUCAGUACGGUCUGGCGAUCGUACCCUCGGAAGGAAACAAUGUCAGCAACUUGGUAAAUGACAAUAACAUUAAUACGUUAGACAUCACCUCUGUUACAGACAACAAUAUUAUUAAUUUACUUUCGAGCAAUGCGAAGCAAGAUGCCGAUCUGCGUGAAGUACACUCGCAUGGUAGAAACGAGCGAUUCAAAGUGGUUAAAAUCGAAAGCACCGAACCUUUCAAGAGAGGUAGAUGGACUUGCAUGGAUUACCUGGAUCAUACUUCGGUUAAUCAACCGACCGCGAUCAGUACUCCUAAAGUAUCCGAUCCCAACGAGGUGUGCAUAUCGUACGGGGUAACGGACAGUGGAAUUGUCAUACCAGAUGCGCCUAAACAAUCCGUCGUCACCGAAGACAAAGGUAUAAGCAUCGACGCCAAUGGACAGGUGUCCGCGCAUCCAGAUGUCCAUUCGUCGAUCGGGGUCCCAAGCAAUCCUACAACGGUCACAAGUGCAAAUUAUGCUGUGAACAAUUCGAUUCCUCCUAAUCCACAGCAUAAUCCAACGCAAGUUCAAGCUCAGCCAAAGGUUCAACCUCCCUCUCAAAUUCCUCAAUAUUUUCAAUCUUCGGCGCAGCAAUUGGCAUCUCAACCGCAGCAACAACAGCAACCAGGAGGACAAGGAUCUACAUUACCUUCAAAUCUGCAACCCGCUCAUGCGAAUAAUUUGACUCAACCUCAGAGUAUGCCCCAAGGUUCUAUUCCUAUUAUAACACAGACUGCAAAUAGCAAUGUGACGGCCCAGCAAACUAUACCUCAUUCUAAGGAAGACACGUACGUAACAGUGAACGCGCAGAAUCAGCCCUUACCAGUGCAAAAUGUUUGCCAACCAUCUGUGCAACAAACACCUGUUCCAACGUCUCAGCCAACUAACCUUUUGGUCACUCAACAACAGCAACAACAUGCUCCUCCACCUCAACAACAGCAACAGCCACAUCCACCGACUCAACAGCAACAACAAUCUCAGCAACAGCAACAGCCGCAGCAACCAUUGCAGACCCAAAAUCCAAUAACACAAAUCUCUGAACCAUUGACUGCCAUACAGGGUAUACAGGGCAUCCAGAAUAUUCAUAAAGUUCCUCAGACAGGCGCACCGCAAACUUCCUCUGCUAUUCAUGCUCCGGUAGCACCAGUACAAUCACAAGUAAUACCGCCAUCUCAAAUGCAACCUCAAACAUCGGGUAGCAGUGCUCAAGUGCAAAUGGCGCAAGUGUCAGCUAGCUGCCAAAAUGUUGUUGGCGGUAUGCAACAGGGAAGCAUGACGUUUCAUCAGUCAGACCCGGAGCAGGACUCCAUUUCAGGCAUUGUAGCUGCAUCCACAACUCAGUCGGCUGAUACAGCACUUCUAGAGUCUUUAACUGAAGUCACUCAAGGCAGUGACGAACAUCACACCCUCGAAGAUAAUGAAAGUAUGUCGGGGACUAGCGCUGUAGCAAUUGAUAAUAAGAUUGAACAGGCCAUGGAUCUUGUUAAAAGUCAUUUGAUGAUUGCUGUACGAGAGGAGGUCGAGGUACUCAAAGAAAGAAUAGCAGAACUUAUGGAUCGCAUCAAUCAAUUGGAAGCUGAAAAUUCAAUUCUGAAAGCAAAAUUACCCCAAAAUAGUUCUGGAAGUGGUCAAUAGGUAACCAUUGUACAUAAGUUUCUAUUAAUACUAU